GGAUGCAACAAUUUUAAACCCCCCCUUUCUUCAUAAUCUCACAUUCUCACCUUAUUUCCUGCACUACCAAAACAACACACCUCUUUCUUCUCUCGUUGCUCAGCGUCCAAUAAUAUCUCUUUCCUUUUUCCUCCCGCCCAUUUCUGUCAUCCCUUCUUCUCAAGAGAUGAGCAGGGAUGUACGUAUACUUGAUGCUUUUGCAUUGACUGAUGAACCUCGUUUCUAUUUUCCAGACCUCACCUCGUGAUAAGUCUAAUUAUGCUUUGCAGGUUGAUGAAUGUGUAAAAAAACUGUAAAGCAUAUGAUGUUGGUUUGAGCAAUAUGAGCUCAUCUAUUCGACGAAAGUUACGCUCUGAAAUUAUUUGUGAACGUGCACUUGAUGAUGGAAGUGAGGGAAGUUCUGCUCGUACAAGACCUUUUAGCUAUGAUGAAAUAAUACUUAAAAGAAAAAGUAAAAAGCAACUUAAAGGUAAUGGCGAGGAAACACAUGAAGCAGAAGCUGCUAGUCAUCAAGCAAAUACGAGGAACCUCGAACAUCAGCGAAGGGAUACUAAUGGUGCUUCCGUUAAGAAUUCACGAGAUCACGUACAAGAAACCAUCCCCAGAAGGAAGGCAGAAAAGAGUUCCAGGGCGGAACAUACUGAUAGUAGAAGUGAUAUUAAUAGUGCUUCUAUAAAGAGUUCACUAGAUCAUGUACAAGAAGCCAGCCCUAGAAGCAAGGUGGAAAAGAGUUCCAGAAUGGAUUAUACUCAUAAUAAAAGUGAGAACAAGGAGAAACGUGAUGUUGAGAGUAGAUCAAAGCACAAGAAUGACAAUGAUGUGAGGAAUGCUUCUGAAACAAAAAAUGACAGGCAGGAUCGCACGAAAAGGAAAGCAGAGGAACAUUAUAGGGGUGAUGCUCGGUAUCAUCAUGAAAAUAAACAUCACAGGGAUUCUGUUGCUCAGGAUAGAUACAUUGAAAGAAACAGAGGAGCGGCUGAUAGAGAAAAGAAAAUGCAAGAUCGAAGUGGAGAUGAUGAGAAAUAUAAAAUGAGGGAUUCUGUCAAAGCGACUGACAGAGAAAAGAAAAUGCAAGAUCGAAGCGGAGAUGAUGAGAAAUAUAAAAUGAGGGAUUCUGUCAAAGCGACUGACAGAGAAAAGAAAAUGCAAGAUCGAGGCGGAGAUGUUGAGAAAUAUAAAAUGAGGGAUUCUGUCAAAGCGACUGACAGAGAAAAGAAAAUGCAAGAUCGAAGCGGAGAUGAUGAGAAAUAUAAAACGAGGGAUUCUGUCAAAGCGACUGACAGAGAAAAGAAAAUGCAAGAUCGAAGCGGAGAUGAUGAGAAAUAUAAAUUGAGGGAAUCUGUCAAAGCGACUGACAGAGAAAAGAAAAUGCAAGAUCGAAGCGGAGAUGAUGAGAAAAAUAAAAUGAGGGAUUCUGUCAAAGCGAUUGACAGAGAAAAGAAAAGGCAAGAUCGAAGCGGAGAUGAUGAGAAAUAUAAAAUGAGGGAUUCUGUCAAAAAACAUGAUAAUGGAAGUAGGCGGCAUUCUGAAAUUUCAGAGAGAAAGGAAAAGACGGAGCUCUCACACUCACGUCAUGAUGAAACUAGAUCAAAAAGGAGGCGGUCAAGAAGUCAAGAGCGUACAAAAGAGAAGACUAGGAGGUCCAGCACAUCCUCACCUAAGGCACAAAAGGAUUUAGAACAUGGGCAUGACCUUGACGAGCUUUCUUCACAUUUGGAAAGAGACAAGCUUAGGCGCCAUUCUGAUGUUGACCGUAGCAAGGUGUCAAAUGAUAUUUCUAGUAGCCAUCAUCGGCGACAUGGUGGCUCUUCAAGUGGGCUUGGGGGUUACUCACCUAGGAAGAGAAAAAGUGAAGCUGCUGUUAAGACUCCUUCUCCUAUACAUUCACCUGAAAGAAAAAGUGCUGGGUGGGAUCUUCCACCUUCUGGAGCAGAUAGAAAUCUUAGUACUACUGUUCCUUCUGGGUCACAGCUAGUUUCUCAUACCAAGCCUUCAAAUAUGGUUGAGUUAGCAGCUGGUUUUUCAGCUGCUUCAAGUAUGGGGAAGCCCAUACCUGCAAGCUUAUCCCACAGUCUUUCUGCAUUUAAGCAGGCCUCAAUUGACUCUGUUCAGCUAACACAAGCCACCAGACCUAUGAGGAGGCUCUACAUUGAUAAUAUACCUAGCUCAGCCACUGAGAAAGAUAUUAUGGAAUAUUUCAAUACUUUUCUGCUUUCUUCUGGCUCUAGUCAUAUCCGAGGGGCACGUCCAUGUAUUAGCUGCAUGAUUCACAAGGAGAAGGGGCAAGCGUUGGUGGAGUUCCUUACUCCCGAAGAUGCCUCUGCAGCACUGUCUUUUGAUGGCAGAUCUCUCUCUGGGAUUAUUCUCAAAAUCAGACGUCCUAAAGAUUUUGUUGAAGUACCAAGUGGGUCGUCAGAGAAGCCAAAGGCUGGAGGAGAUUCAAUCAGUGAAGUGGUUAUAAGUGAUUUUGUGGAAGAUUCUCCACACAAGAUCUUUAUUGGAGGAAUCGCAGAAGGGCUUUCUUCGAAAAUGAUUAUGGAGAUUGCUAGUGCCUUUGGAUCAUUGAAGGCAUACCGUUUUGAAGUCAAUGAAGAACUCAACGGAUCAUGUGCUUUCCUAGAGUAUGAAGACCAGUCUGUCACAUUGAAGGCCUGUGCUGGCCUGAAUGGCAUGAAGUUAGGCGGGAGAAUUCUGACAGUAGCCCAAGCUGUUUCAAGCACAGAGUCAAUGGAAAGUUCUGGAAGCCACCCAUUUUAUGGAAUACCUGAGCAUGUAAAACCCCUCCUCGAUAUGCCAACACAGGUCCUCAAGCUUCGCAAUGUGUUUGAUCAGAAGGCCAUGGAUUCGCUCUCAGAGACUGACUUGGAAGAGAUUGUAGAAGAUGUACGAUUAGAAUGUUCCAGGUUCGGCUCUGUUGUGUCUGCUCAUGUUGUUAAAGGUGGAGACACACGUACUGCCAUUUUUGAAGCGAAAGAAGUCGCAUGUGAUGUGAAACCUAUAGAGCCUCCAGAAGAAAGAAAUCACCAUCUGGAUGUGAAUUCGAUGGAAGUUGCUGUUCACCAUGAUGGCGGUGAUGACACUAUUGUUGAAACCCCAACCAUUAGCAAAGAAGUUGAUGUGGUGGAUGGGGUUGAAGCUGAACUUGCUUCUGCAACUAGUGACCCAGGUGUUGCAGUCGGAGCUUCCGGAACAAGCACUCGGGAAGUAUCAGAAGAAGCUGACAAAUUUUUGCCUUCUGCGCUUGAUGUUUCAAUUAUUGACGAUGUGGGAAGAGUGAAUAAUUCUGAAGGGAACAAUCAGGCGGCAUCCAUCCAGGAGAGUGGUGUGUCAGCUCAGCUGAACCCUAAUGAAAGGCCAGGUAUUGAGAAGUCAGGUGAUGAUGAAACUCUACUUGCUGAAGACGUAUCAGAGUUGGACAAAAACAGUGACACACCACAGGAAGUUGUACUCUUGCCGACAAAUACAGAAGCAGCUGAUAAAGGUGUAAAUGAUGAAAAUUCUUGUGAUAUUGGUGUCUUGGAGUAUGAGGUUGGCAGUGUCUUGGUGGAGUUUAGGAGGACAGAAGCUUCAUGUAUGGCAGCACAUUGUUUGCAUGGACGUGCUUAUGAUGACCGUAUCGUGACAGUAGAAUAUGUUCCCCUGAACGCCUAUCAAGAAAGGUUUUCAAAAUGAAUUUUAACUUUGAAGCCUGGGAUUUUCAACACAAUUUCUGCUUCCUGCAUGCAAGUGAUCUGAAUUUUGGUGAUUUCAUUUAUGGUUACCAGGAAAAAUUAUAUUGAGCUUCGAGGCUUUAUACCCUUUAUAUUUGAGCAUCUAUGCUGCAUCAAUGUGCUGAAUAUAGAUUUUGUCAAUGUUAUCAAAAUCCUGCUAUUGACCUGUGUAAUUUAGAACUCAAGUUACUGGCUGAAAAGCUAUCAAAUACUGCUGCUUAAAGAGUUUACUGGUGAAGACCAUGAUUUCGGCGCCCUCAAGUCUUUCGUAGUUCUUUCCCUAUGAGGCUAAGACAAGAUGCAAUGUGAAUUUUUCAGGGUAUCCUCGGAUAAUAGCCAACAUGUCACUCUGAUUUAGAAAAUCUUGCAAGUAAUCUUAUUGAUAUUGCACGAUAAUUUUCAAUUUAGUCUAGUUUAUGUUUGA